GGAAAAGGAGGAGAUUUUACGUUUUGUUAAUUUAAUAGAGAAUUCGGGCAUUGAAUGUUCUAUUUUCUAUUUGCUUGCUGUAUUUAAUAAUUUAGUUUCCAAUAUGGAUAAUUACACCCAGAUAAAGGACAUGCGUCCAGGUUUGAAAAAUGUAAAUGUAGUGUUUAUCGUUUUAGAAGUCGGCCACCCCACUGUAACCAAAGAAAACCGCGAAGUUCGAACUUUCAAAGUGGCGGAUCAAAGUGCUUGCAUAAAUGCUAGUAUUUGGGAUGAAGCUGGUCACUUACUUGUUCCAGGUGAUAUAGUCAGAUUAACUAAGGGAUAUGUAUCUGUAUGGAGAAACUGUCUAACCCUGUAUACUUCGAAGGGGGGAGACUUGCAAAAAAUUGGUGAAUUCUGCAUGGUAUUCAAUGAGCAACAUAACAUGAGCGAACCAAAUCAAAUUCAACCUCAAUUGCCACCAGUUCCUACAAACAGUAUGCCUAUGAAUAAUGGAACAAACAAUGCUACAGGAAGAGUAAAUGUGGGACCACCUCAACCACCUCCAGUCACUACAACUGGUCCUCCUAUAGUACCUCCCAUGCAGCACAACAAUGUUGCUGGUCCAGCGAAACCAACAGUUAACAGUACAUCUACAUCAAGGUCCAGCGGGAAUGGCCCUCCUCCUGCUGAUAAUCAGAAAAGGCAAAGGGGGCAGAGGACAACACAGCACAGAACCAGGACAAAUAGAUCUUAGUCUUUUUUUAUUGGUCUUUGUGAUAAUAUUUAAGUCAAACUGUAUUUUGUAAAUAGUGUAAUAUAAGGUUUUAUAUGAUUUAAAGUUAUCUCCCAA